GGAGUGGGGUGUCGGGUGAUAUCAUGAUGCCUUCUCUUUCUCCCCCAAAUCCUCUUACCCUUUUUUCAACCUAAACCUCCAUUGAAAUUCUGCAAAUUACUUCCUUUUUCCAUACACUAUAUCUUUAUCUUCCAAGAAUUCAACCAAAUCGGCAUCAUUCAUCCAAUUAUUUGGUUUAAUUUCAUCAACCUUAUCUUUCUAUCUUCCCCUUGUUCGUAGUUUUCAAUUAAUAUCGUUCAUGUCCGUCACUGGGGUCUAACAAUUCAUAUCGAUCGUCCGAUUAGCCUUUUCUUCGAUGAGGUGAUAAUCGGACCGGAAUCUAUUUGUGUUUUUUUUUUUUAUCAAUUUUUGUUGAGUUUGUGAGCUAGGGUUUUCAUUGAUUCAACCGAAGUUUUAAUCUUCGUUGGAGAAUAAUUGUGCUUUGAUGGAGCCUCGUGUGGGGAAUAAGUUUCGACUUGGUCGGAAGAUCGGUAGCGGCUCUUUUGGAGAGAUCUAUCUGGGUACUAAUAUUCAGACGAAUGAAGAAGUUGCUAUUAAGCUGGAAAAUAUUAAGACAAAGCAUCCUCAAUUGUUAUAUGAAUCAAAGUUGUAUAAGAUACUGCAGGGAGGAACUGGAAUCCCGAAUGUGAGAUGGUAUGGUGUCGAAGGAGACUACAAUGUUCUAGUGCUGGAUUUAUUGGGACCUAGUCUUGAGGAUUUGUUUAACUUCUGUAGUAGAAAGCUCUCUUUGAAGACUGUUCUUAUGCUUGCGGAUCAGAUGAUCAAUCGUGUCGAAUUUAUUCAUUGUAAAUCAUUUCUACAUCGGGAUAUCAAGCCAGAUAACUUUCUUAUGGGCUUAGGGAGGCGUGCCAAUCAGGUCUAUGCUAUCGACUUUGGGCUAGCCAAGAAAUAUCGGGACUCCUCAACUCAUCAACACAUCCCAUACAGAGAGAACAAGAAUUUGACGGGGACCGCUAGAUAUGCAAGUAUGAACACUCACCUUGGAAUCGAACAAAGCAGAAGAGAUGAUUUAGAGUCACUUGGUUAUGUUCUCAUGUACUUCUUGAGAGGAAGUCUCCCAUGGCAAGGAUUGAAAGCCGGAAAUAAGAAACAAAAAUAUGAGAAGAUCAGUGAGAAGAAGGUUUCAACAUCUAUUGAAGCUUUAUGCCGAGGCUACCCUACAGAGUUUGCAUCCUACUUCCAUUAUUGUCGUUCAUUAAGAUUUGAUGAUAAGCCAGAUUAUGCUUAUCUUAAGAGAAUCUUCCGUGAUCUUUUUAUUCGUGAAGGCUUCCAGUUUGAUUACGUGUUUGAUUGGACUAUUUUGAAGUAUCAACAAUCACAACUUGCCAAUCCUCCAUCUCGUGCUCUUGGUGCGAGUGCCGGACCAAGUACCGGGGUCCCUCCGGUGGUUUCGAACCUCAAUAGGCAAUCUGGUGGUGAAGAAGGGAGGCCGACUUCUGGAAAUCUGUCGUGGAGUCGAAAUGCUGCCGCGAUCACUAAUUCCGGGAACCUAUCUAAGCAGAGAGUACCGGAUCAAUCCAUGAGUAGAGAUUUAUCAAGAUCGAGCUUUUUCCGAACAACUGGGUCGUCAAGGCAAACGGGCGGUGAACCCGACUCAUCUCGUGCUGCAAGGGCAACAGAUGCGAGCCCCGGGGCGCAGCAAAGGAGCUCACCCACCGAUCAGAAGCGAUCAACUUCUCGAAGUGCUGCUGCUGGUGGUGCCACCACGAACAAUAUCAAGAACUUUGAGUCGACUCUGAAAGGUAUCGAAGGAAUGCAUUUUUAACACAAAUUAAUGUCUGUAAAUUUGUUUUCUCGAAAUUGUCGUGUAUACACCCCACA